AAGGAUAACAUUUCUGUCCUUUCCAUUGGCCGCCCCGCUGCUGCAAGCCUCUUCCCGUCUUAUUUUGAUGAUGAAUAUGAAGGCAUGCUAAGCUGUGCCGGAGAGUAGCUCUCGCCAACUGCACUCCCUCCCCGGGCUCAAGGACUCAGGGGCUCCCUGGCUGUUUCCCCUGCCCACUGCCAGCAGCAGCAGCAGCAACAGCAGCAGCAGCAGCAGCAGCAGCAGCAGCAGCAGCAGCAGCAACGCCAAAAGUUGUGAUGCUUUUCUUCACCCAGUGCUUUGGGGCUGUGUUAGAUCUUAUUCACCUGCGGUUUCAGCACUACAAGGCAAAGAGGGUUUUCUCAGCUGCCGGGCAACUUGUCUGCGUCGUCAACCCAACACACAGCCUCAAGUAUGCACCGACCCUCUGUGCAACUGCGCAGACAUCCACGGAGCAAGGCAUCCUUCCUCCCUGCCAUCAUCAUGAAGCAGUGCACGACCCCCAGCUGGUUCCCUGCAUGUGCCCGCUCUUUUCCUGCCCAUGGGAAGGGCACCUGGAGGUGGUGGUGUCCCACCUGAGGCAGACCCAUCACAUCAACAUCCUUCAGGGUGCAGAGAUUGUCUUCCUGGCCACGGACAUGCACCUGCCCGCACCCACAGACUGGAUCAUCAUGCACUCUUGCCUUGGCCACCAGUUUUUGCUGGUCCUCAGGAAGCAGGAGAAGUAUGAAGGCCACCCGCAGUUCUUCGCCACGAUGAUGCUGAUCGGCACACCGACCCAAGCCGACAACUUCACCUACCGGCUGGAGCUCAACAGGAACCAGAGGCGCCUUAAGUGGGAGGCGACCCCCAGGUCGGUACUGGAGUGUGUGGACUCUGUCAUUUCGGAUGGGGAUUGCCUUGUGCUGAACACUUCCCUGGCUCAACUCUUUUCCGACAACGGAAGCCUAGCGAUAGGAAUUGCAAUAACGACCAGCAAAGUUCACAACUCCGAAGCUGAAAUGUGAGGGGGAAGAGGAGCAGGAGGAGAAACAACAGCAACAACAGUGGUGCUCUAGCUGCCUUGUGAGAGCCAGAACUUGCAGACUUUUCGGGGGGGUCUCAGGUCUUUUAUGGUAUUUAGUACUCGUCCACAGUGGGCAUUAUGUAAACAUCCCGUGGUUACGGUCUCUGUGUAAUGUAUUUACCAUUUUGUUAAUACAAUUUUAUUAUAAAUUUUAAAGAGGCUAAUCAAUUUCUUGUAGCCCUCCAGCAGCACUGACAACGACACAUGUUAAUGAGAAGUACACCCAGGGUGGCUCACAGAAACCUUUGCUCUGAGAAUGCUAUGCAAAAUAUGUUUCCUCCAUCACCUGCCUAAUUGACUGGAGGCCCCUGUGCCUGAUGAAAGGUCAAGUAUUCCACUAAGGGACAAGAGCACCCAGGUUUCCAUAUCAGCAAUAGUGAUUUAACUCUUGUACUCUGGUCACAACCAAGCCCUGUAGGAGCCCGCAGUUUCACAGCUCCCUUCAGCUUCUGAGGGAACAACUUCCCCACUCGAACACUGAAAGCUUCAGAAAAAGAAGUCACCACCUCUACUAAGCAAGGGCCUGGGAAGCCUCAUCCUGCAUUAAAUUUAGGACAGCUAGUGGGUGGUCACAGUGAGCACGGUUAAAUAUCACUCUUGUAUCAUACAGGGUAGCGAGAGGUUGCUAGGUGGUCUGGCUACAGUAGUGAAAUAACCAUAACCAGUCAUUUGGGCAUUCAUCUUCUUAGCUGCUAUUUCUUUAGGCAUCCAAAAAGCAAUUUUCAGAAAAUAAAGUAUAAGAACAGUCCUAAGCUCAGCACCGAUCUUGCUGUGGAAUUCUGUGCCCCUUAAACCCACAGGUUGUGCUGCUAAAUAUUGAUUUAAAACAUUAUAGACAUGAGAUUCAAAACACACUCCUUAAAAAAAAAAACACCACCUAUUUUUUUCCUUCCAUACAUUUUGGGGGCAAGGGAAGAGUGAUGGUCCCCUUCUUCUGCUGAGGGUGUUUUACAAACAGUGAUGAUCAUAGACAUGGGCUUCUCUAAGAACAUCUUCCUUGGAUGGCUCCUUGGGGAGAGCUGGAGGCAGGAACUGGCCACUCAGUUCCAUCUGCAGUAAGGCCUGUUUCCUCCAUAGCUAACAACAACAGAGAAAUCCCACUGCAGAAGGUGACAUGUUGAAGGAGGGACCUCUACAGGAAUUGUGACACAUGAGAAGCAUGGGAAACUGUCUUUUCCUGUUUUCCCUUCUGCCUGUGUGUGGCUGUGGUCUGGCUGCUCCUGAAUGCUUUGUCAAGAAACAUCUGGUCGGUUGGGUCAGUUAGUAGCUAGAGACACUGAGGGUCAUAGCUUGACUUCCUUGGAAAGCCAAGGAAGGGGGGAAAGCAAGCUAAAAAUAGCCCUUCAGUGCUUCAAAAUGCAUCUCACUGUAGCUAACUUUGGGUAGGCAAGAAUACUGAUGCUGAUCUCUCCCACCUGUUGCUCUCCUGAGAAUUAUUAUGAAUUAUGCAUGCAGUGAAAUGAAUUGAAGUUUUCCUGAGAUGAAUGCCAUGCAGGCAAUAUCUUCUGAGACAUAGAUGCACAUCAACCCCCUUACCUGGACUUUCAUAGCAGGUCAGAGAGGAGCUAGGGUCUCUUCAACAGCCUGCUCGUGACCACACAAGCUGAGGUCCAAAGAAGUCUCACGGUCCCUGUAAGAAUACGCUGGAGUACAGCUACACAUUUAUCCCACCUCUGAAUUCAGAUGGCCAGGGAGGGACAUGCUGAUUUGCAGUGCUACACUGGAACAUGCAGGUUUCAGAGCAGCUUGCUUUUCCCCCGCGAUGUUAAAUAUUCAGAACCAGCAAAUGCUGCCCUUUCCUUAACUGAUAGCAAUAAAUAAAUCAUUGGUGCUUUUGUGGACUGAAA